UUAAUUUCUGAAAAAGUAAGUUUGGUAAACUAGAUUUAAGAAGAUUUGGAGUCCGUGGUUUUGUUUUUCAACAGAGAGAGGAAGCGCGUGUGGUAAAAGUCGUUUUGAGGAUCUGACACUGAAAAGAGAAGAACCAAACAAUGAUGCUGGUGCAUGCGUUUGGAUGGUCUGCAAUUGCCAUUUGAGCGAGUCAUAAUUAUAAUUUAAGCAAACCAUUUUGAAGGAUAAAUUAAUUCUUUUGGGUUUUGUUAGUGUUGAGAGUAAAUGUCGUUUCGAAGUAUAGUUAACGAUGUGAGGGAUGCUUUUGGGAGCUUAUCUAGGCGUAGUUUUGAGGUGAGAUUGUCUGGUCAUCAUAAGGGAAAAUCUCAGGGUUCAUCGCCUGAGUUACAUGAUCAGCCGGUGGUUGUCCAGAGUAGCCGAUGGGCAAGCCUUCCGCCGGAGCUGUUGCGCGAUGUGAUAAAGAGAUUGGAAGCGAGUGAGAGCACAUGGCCUGCUCGCAAGCAUGUCGUUGCUUGUGCUGCAGUAUGCAGGUCAUGGAGGGAAAUGUGCCAAGAAAUUGUUAGAUGUCCUGAGUUCUCUGGGAAAAUCACAUUUCCAGUUUCUCUGAAGCAGCCCGGGCAUAGGGAUGGAACUAUUCAAUGCUUCAUUAAGAGAGACAAAUCUAAUUUAACUUAUCACCUUUUCCUAUGCCUUAGUCCUGCUUUGCUUGUUGAAAAUGGGAAGUUUCUUCUUUCUGCAAAACGGACCCGUAGAACUACUUGCACAGAGUAUGUAAUCUCUAUGGAUGCAGAUAACAUAUCGAGAUCUAGCAGCAAAUACAUUGGAAAACUCAGGUCAAAUUUUCUUGGUACCAAAUUCAUAAUUUAUGACACGCAACCUCCAUACAACAAUGCUCAGCCUUCACCACCUGGCCGAAGCCGAAGAUUCUAUUCAAAAAAAGUGUCUCCGAAGGUCCCCACCGGUAGCUACAACAUUGCCCAGGUCUCGUAUGAGUUGAACGUGCUAGGUACUAGGGGGCCUCGUAGGAUGCAUUGCAGUAUGUACUCAAUUCCUGCAUCAUCCCUUGAGCCAGGUGGCAUUGUCCCCGGCCAGCCUGAGCUUCUGCCCCGAUCCCUUGAAGACUCCUUUCGAAGCAUCUCUUUCUCGAAGGCUAUUGACAACUCAUCUGAGUUUAGUAGUGCCAGAUUCUCCGACAUUGUUGGAUCCCGUGAUGAAGAGGAUGAAGGAAAAGAUAGACCACUGGUUCUCAAGAACAAACAACCAAGAUGGCAUGAGCAGUUACAAUGCUGGUGCCUGAACUUCCGAGGACGUGUAACAGUAGCAUCGGUCAAGAACUUUCAGCUGAUUGCUGCAAACCAGCCGACAGCAGCAGGUGCACCAACACCAUCACAGCCAACACAGUCCGACCACGAUAAGAUAAUUCUCCAGUUUGGUAAAGUUGGGAAGGACAUGUUUACAAUGGAUUACAGAUAUCCACUCUCUGCAUUCCAGGCUUUUGCAAUCUGCUUGAGCAGCUUCGACACCAAAUUGGCAUGUGAAUAAAA